AUGUCCAAUGAAAGCACCAUUCUUGAAUUCCUACUACUGGGAUGUUCUGAUGUUCGAGAAAUACAGCUUAUAUGCUUUGCGAUCUUUCUACUGAUUUAUCUGGCAGCAUUUAUAGGAAACACUCUUGUUGUCACAGCUGUAAUUAUGUCUUCACAUCUUCACAGCCCCAUGUAUUUCUUCCUAGCAAAUCUGUCUAUUAUGGACCUUGGAUACAUCUCGGUCACCAUGCUUAAAGCCAUGCCUAAUUCUCUCCUGAACUCAAGGUUGAUAUCUUAUUCUGAAUGCAUUGCUCAAGUCUUCUUCCUCUUUUUCUUCAUUUCAUCAGAUUUUUUCCUCCUCACUGUCAUGGCAUAUGACCGAUACAUUGCCAUUUGUGAUCCCCUACAUUAUGGGGUGAUAGUCAAUAAGGUUGCAUGCAUCCGAAUGGCAGCUCUCACAUGGAUCAGUGGUCUUCUCUAUGCAACAGUGCACACUGGAGCCACCUUUGCAAUCCCCUUUUGCUCCAACAUCAUCAAUCAGUUCUUCUGUGAGAUACCCCAACUACUGAAGCUCUCCUGCUCCGACUUGUAUCUCCUUGAAGUUGUCGCUCUUGGCUUCAGUGCAUUUUUAGGACUGGGCUGCUUUGGUUACAUAGUUGUAUCCUAUGUGGAGAUCUUCAAAGCAGUAUUUAGAACCCCAUCUGCACAAGCAAGAAACAAAGCCCUCUCUACUUGCAUCCCUCACCUCAUGGUUGUCUCCUUGUUCCUUUUCACAGGUGCAUCUGCCAAUCUAAAAAUAGUUUCCAGCUCCCUGCCAGGCCUGGACAGUGUUGUGGCCAUAGCUUACUGUGCUCUUCCCCCAGUGAUGAAUCCAGUCAUUUAUAGCAUGAGGAACAAGGAAAUCAAAGCAGUGCUGAGGAAACUCUAUGCCAGAUCAUUGAACAAGCAUAUCAAAGGGAAACGUGAUGGUUCAGCUCUAUAG